AACUCCAGGGUGUUGCAGUAUUGCUACGGAGCCAGGGAGACUUUGGGCAGCUCCUGGCAAAGGGGAGGUGCAGCAGACUUUCUGCCAGCCGCUGUGGUCUCUGUGAAGCCUCCACCUACCGCCAGCUGUGUGGAGGAGAUGAUGCUGCCUGCGGUGGGCUCGGGGAAAGGCAUUCUGGUGAGCAGUGAGAGGCUGGAGCCCAAGGAAGAGGAUGGUUCUGGGAGAGAUAUGGAUUCCACUUCCAAUGCAGACAGUGAGAAAUGGGUGGUGGGAGAUGGCCUAGAGGAGCAGGAAUUUUCCAUCAAGGAAGCUAACUUCACAGAGGGGAGUUUAAAACUAAAGAUCCAGACCACUAAGAGAGCUAAGAAGCCCCCAAAGAACUUGGAGAAUUAUAUUUGCCCUCCUGAGAUCAAAAUCACCAUCAAGCAAUCUGGGGAGCAGAAGCUUUCCAGAGCUGGGGAAAAUAGCAAAACAGCUAAAGAGGAGGACAGAUCCCACUCAAGAAAGAAGAUCUGGGGAGUCUCUGGGACCUUCGCGCUGGCAAUCGGGAGUUUCCCUGAAAGGAACCACAGCUCCCCAGACCGACUCGGGACCUCGAAACCAGCCACUGAGCCAGGUAUACCGGAAGAAGUGGAGAAUACAUCCCGCAAGUAUGGGCUUCUGGAGCACCAGGACGAUCACGAAGCAAGAAAAGGACUAGAGACUCUAAUAGAAAAAUUUGUCAAAUACUUUGGGACAAAAAUGGAUGAACAGCCAUUCUGGAACAGAGAAGUAGUCAUUGGCUUUUGCCAAGCAGGCUGUUUAAAAUAUCAGGCUGUGCUUUUAGAACAAGAGGAUGUAGAAUUGAAAGUAACUAACCUUUUGAACCCAGCAGUGGUUUUCAACAACUGAUCCAGGAGCAGGAGAGCUGACUCACAACUGUUUACAGACUACUGAGCAGGUAUAUUCCAGUUAUACUGACCUGUAAGGUACAUCCCUGAUGGAUGUGGACUACGAACUGUUUGUGGAUGGCAGCAGCUUUAUGAAAAUGGAAACCGGAAAGAAGGAUAUGCUGUGGUAACCAAACAUGAGAUAACAGAGGCUAAAGCCUUUCCCCCCCAACACAUCAGCACAGAAAACCGAGCUGAUGGUGCUACUGAGACUUCUGGAAUUUUCAGAAAGUCAAAAUUUGCUUUUAAGGCACAUCAAUUUGAUAUCACUCCAGUGAAUAUUGGUGAUCAUGUUGCUGACAAAGCAGCCAAAGAAGCUGUGGGUGGGGACCUUUCGUUAAUAUUGCCUCAUAAGUAUCAGUGCUUGCAUAAUGAAGUUCCAAGUUAUCAGAUGGAGGAUGAGAAAUUACCUAGUUUAUUAGGAGCCAAGAAGAAUGAUGAAGGAUGGUGGGUUAUACCAAACAGGCAAGUAAUAAUUGACCAGCUUCUUAUGAGAAGAAAACCACCAGGCAACUCAUGGGGGAACAGAAUCAAUGACUGAGGCUUUAAAGCUCCAAGUUCUGAGUAUGCAAAUGGCUGAAACUAUAAAAGUGUUAUAAAGAAGUGUGAACCUUGUUUACAAUGCUAAGAGGAACAACAAAGGCAGUUAUCCAGAAGACCAUUGGCAAGUGGACUUUACAGAAUUGCCACAGCACAAUGGGCUCAGAUGUGUGUAUAUAUUGGUACUAAUAGAUAUGUUUUCUGGUUGGCCAGAGGCUUUCCCUUGUUGCACCAAUAUGGUUCAUGAAGUAGUAAAACAUUUAUUGAAUCAAAUAAUACCCUGAUAUGGUGUACUAGCAGGCUUGUCCUCAGAGGUCUGCAUUUUGUUGCAGUAGUUAGGAAGGUGGGAGAGUGUUUGGGAAUCAAAUGGGAUCUGCAUACCCUAUAUAGACCUCAGGCUAGUGGGAAAGUGGAAUGUAUGAAUUGGAUACUCGAGUUACAAUUAAAAUAUGUCAAGAAACUUCUUUAACUUGGUUAUAAGCCUUACCAAUUGCUUUGGUAGGAUACAAAUACAGCCAGGAAGGAAUCACGUAAGUCCAUAUGAACUGACGUAUGGGUGGCCUUACCAACUGCCUUUUGUUCCUGGUGGUAAUUUUUUGCAGGGAAAACAGGAUCUCUGACUAUACCUAGUGGCACUUGGUAAAACUCUUAGUUCUGGUAAUAUCUUGGUAGGACAUUACCCAGACUGUAGCUGAACAACGCAAAUCUGGACUAAGGGACCACAAACUGUCAAUUGGAAUGCUCCAGAAGGGAAAGGGUGGUAUUGAUUGUGUAAUAAUACUGCUCAAAAGGCCCUUCCCCUCAGGAUGGACUGGAAAAUAUACAUUGGGUGUUGUAUUCCCAGGUGCUAUACAGGCAUUACCGACUGAGGUAUCCAGCUUAUGUCAGGUAGUAUUGCAAAACCAUAUGGCCCUUGAUCUGCUAUUAGCUUCCCAAGGAGGUGUUUGUACAGUUAUAAAUACGGGCUGCUGCACAUACAUAGACCAGAGUGGCAGAUUUUACUAACUGGGGAUUUGAAGAAUUAUGACAUGGACUUACGUUUUGGCUACCAAAUUGGAUAUUGUUAAAAAACUCGUUUGUGAUCAUUAUAGUAACAAUUUGUGUCUGUAUCCUUGCAUGACUCAAUUUUGUAGUUGCUGGUCACAAUGGUGUAUUAGAAUCAAAUAUGGGUAAAGGGUAUAGAAUGAGACUUACAGUAUAUAUAUAUAUAUAUUCUGUAAGUCUCAAAGGGGGGAAAUGUAACCUUAAAUCUUAAACUAGCAAUAGUGUGUGUGCCUUUAACAUAGAACAGUUUGGUUUAUUCUACUAACUUACUAACAUGUAGAGAGAAAGGAAUGUUUGGCUGAUGGGGGAAGGAACAGAUAACAACUAAGGAGACAGUAAAUAAGACCAAGGAUACCAGCCUUCAAAAUAGCAGAGUGGUGCCCAACAUGGAGAGAGACUGAAACAGAACAGAAGCAAGUACAUACCCAACUGCUAACUCGGCACUAGGACCUUCCAAGUGUGUGCAAACACUGAGGUCAUUCAGUAAACACAGUGAGGAAGACUGUUGAGGACCCCCAAAAGGCCCCACUCAGCAAAAAAGCGCAUGUGUACUUAGGAUGCAUUUUUUUUUUCUGGAAAAGCUAUGAAUAUGCAUGCGUAUGCUAAAUAAAUAGCCACUGUUGGCAAGUAUUGGGUAUGCUCACCUUUGCAAAAUGAUUUGUGUGUGUUCCCAGUGCUUCAAUAAAGAAUGCCCGCUUUCU